AUGUUCAAGAAAAAUCUCGUUGAUAAAAAUGUCGUCAUCUUGCCGCCGCCGAAUCCAAAGUACACGAUGCGUGACUGGGAGCACAAUAACAAGGCAAAAGCUCGCAUUUCAGAAGAUCAACAAAAACUGGCGAAUCGCGUUAUAAGCGAGAGUGAAAGAGUAAUUGACGAAACCCGUUCCGUGACAGACCAAUGGAAAAAGGAAGCAGAUUUUCGUCUCAAGGAACGCAUUAUCGACGUUCAGUUUCAACGCGAUGAAAUUGUGAAGCAGAAAAAAGAUGCCUGUCUCGAGGAAGAAGCUCUCAAAACUUAUCGCCAACGAGUCAUUAACGCAAUCGAGAAUUUGAGCGAAGAAGCGAUGAUUUUGUGUCAAAAAUGCAUAAUUUUGCGCGAAAAUCGGGUUGGAGUCGAUCUCGUUCAUGACUAUGUCGAUGAGGAGUUGCAAAAGGAGCUGCAGGUCAUCAAGGGAAGUCAAAUGUUGCUGAAUAAAGUUUUGGAAGAGACAAAUGAACAAAUUAGACGUUUGCGCGCCAUGAUGUACUUACUCGAUAGGGACUUGUCGAACAAAGAGAAGACGUUGCAUAUUGACGAACAGAAUUUGUUGCUGAAGGAGAAACAGCUGGAUAUGCAUGUUUAUGAGGGGAAUGCUCCGUUGGAUCCUUUCAACACAACAAUCAACCAAUGGAUCCAAGUCACCAAUCGCAACAUUGCCGCUACCGCAAAGGAACUCAACUCCGCCAAGCCUCUUCGUUCGUACAUCGACAUUUUGCUGCGUCAAGUAGUCGAGGACCUCGAAACGCAGGUUUCCAAAACGAACGAAGCCUUCAAGAAGCGAAUCGGUGAAACGCGUUACGCAAAAAUCCGCUUGGAAAACUUGCAUCGCGAAAGUUCAAAUCAAGUGAAUGAAGUUACGCGGAACAUCACUCGAUUAGAAAAAGAAUUGGCUGACAAGGAAGGAUAUUUGGCACUGGCUCAGAUGCGUUUGGCAAACAGAGCACAGCGACCUGGCGUCGAAAUGUGUCGAGAUGCCGUGCAAAAUACGCUCGUACGGGAGUUGAGUGCUCUCAAAGAGACGUGCAUCAAACUUUCGCGGAUGUUGGAGGAGUGCAAAACAGCUCUUCGAUAUUUAUUAAAUACUCAAAUGCAGCAAGAAGAAGAGCUUAAUACGAAAACGAACACUCUCAAGGUCGACGAAGUGGAUUGCAUGACAGUCCGCCAAAGUCUCGUUUUCCACAAAUUUUAA